AUGUCCUUUUUCCACGUCAACGACGUUCAUGCCCACUUGGAUCAGUUCACCAAAUUCGGGACUGAUUGCACGGAUCCUGCGCAGGACUGCUACGGUGGCUACGCUCGCAUCAAGACCAAGGUGGAUGAGCUACGCAAGUUGCACCCCGAUAGCCUUUUCCUCAACGCUGGGGAUGAGUUUCAGGGGACCCUGUUUUACUCGGUUUACGGGGGUGACAAGAUCGCCGAGACCCUCAACGACCUGAACUUUGAUGCCAUGACUUUGGGUAACCACGAGUGGGACGGCGGCGACGAAGCUCUCGGCAAGUUUCUCAAGCAACUGAAAUUUCCCAUCGUCUCUUGCAAUGUCAAGAGUACCUAUUCGGACCUAAAAGAUACCAUUAAGAACUAUCAGAUCUUCCCGGCUCAUCAGCUCGCUGUGAUUGGAGUCACGACUGAGACGACGGCGACUACCUCACAAGUCGGCCCAGGCACCAAGUUUCUCGACCCCAUACCCGAAGUGCAAAAGACCAUAGAUGAGAUUCGCAAGAUGCAUCCGGAGAUCAGGCGCAUCGUCGCUCUUACCCAUCUUGGCUACGACGAGGAUAAGAGGCUCGCAGCCGAGACUGAGGGGUUGUCCUUGAUUAUUGGCGGCCAUACCAAUACACUUCUUGGAGACAUGCCCAAGGCCGAGGGAGCUUACCCGACGAUUCAGACGAAUUUGAAGGGCCAUGAAGUUUUCAUAGUAACUGCCUAUCGCUGGGGAGAAUACCUAGGCUCUAUCGAAGUCACAUUUGACACAGAGGGAAAGGCGCUGGCCUACCGAGGAGCUCCCGUGCAUAUGGACAAGACGGUCGAACAGGAAAAGACGCUGCAGGAGAAGAUAACGAGCUGGCGCACCCUGUUUGAGCAAUACACGGUCCAAGUUGGCGAGACCAUGACAAAUCUCGAAGGCGAAGACUGCUGGGAGAAAGACUGUCUGCUCGGCCAGGUCCUCGCCGAUGCUAUUCUCGACUACCGUCUAAAGCAGUUGGAGGAGAGCGAGCCGCGUCCUGAUUUUUCUUUCAUCAAUUCCGGAAUCAUCCGCGCUUCUAUAUCGUCCGGGAAAAUCACAAAAGGCGAUUUGAAGACAUGCUUUCCGUUCGAAACCACGCUCGUCGAGGCUACAUUCACGGGUGCCGAGUUGCGCAAGAUCAUUGAGGGCUGCGUCUCCAAGGUCAACCAGUUCAAUCAGAAUCGGGUGACAUCAUGGUUUCAAGUCUCAGACGGGAUGGCCAUCAAGUACGACCAAAACAAGAAAGCAGGAUCACAGGUGGCUCGGGUAGCGGGUCCUGGUUAG